AUGCCCGCCAGACGCACACCUAACUCUUCGAGUGCUAAUGCAUAUAACACCCCUCCCAGCUCACAACCAACGGACAACUAUAGUUCACUUCGUAGUACAAAGAAUAAAAGAAGUCCACAGAGGAAUGGUGCCUCUGACAGUGACGGCGUAGGGGGUAGCAGUAAUUCGCCAAAGUAUACGGCAUAUUUGAGAGAACGAUCGUAUGAUGAUUUAAAUGAUAAUCCUUUUGCACGGGAGGAAGCCUUCCUCAGAGCGAUGUCGGAGUCAAGCAUUUGGGCUUCGGCUUUAGCGCCACGAAGUAGUGACAAUAGCGUUUACUCGGACGAUGGAAACGAUAUCAACCCUUUCAUAUCGAAUGUCAAUGGAGAUAACACAAUCGGCUCUCGCGGUAUCAACAGUCCAAGUGGGACCAGUCCGAGUACUGGUUCAAGUUGGAGUAAUCCUUUUAAAACAUUAAUAAACAUUUUACUAGGCUCAUUGGCAUUUCUGCUCAACAUUAUUGGGUCCACAUUUUUUUACAUAUACUGGGGUAUUAGGGAAUCACUGAAUUUCAUCUUGCGGAAUUUAACAGGCAAUGCCAAUGGACCUUUUAUAGAGACGAUAGCAGGGGUUGAUCGCAGCGCACCACCCAUAUCACCCAUCCCCAUCGUCACCGCUACCACUGCGGUCAGUCGGAACAGUAAACUUUUCUGGCCACUCCUGAUACUAUUGGCAGCGCUUCUGACACUUUUUACACUAAGUCUUUUUGAGAGUCCAUUGAUUGAUGAGUAUCUCCCACAAUUUCGAUCACCGAUUAAAAUCCAACUGUGGCCAGUAAACAAUACGACAUAUCGAAUAGAAACUGCCGGAGAAAGUGGUAGUGAUAUCGCGAAAGGUGGUAAAAAGGACGACGGAAUAUUGUUCACGAUGGAUGACCUAAAGAAAUUGAUUGCGGCAGAAGUAAGAAAUUCGUGUACAGGAAAUGGAGCUAAUGCACCCUCAAUUGGGUCUAGUUCAGAUAGUCUCCGUGGCCUGAUUUCCACAGAGGUGAAAUCCAUUUGUUCACAUGAAAUCAAAAAGGAAUUAUCGGCACAUAGAUCUGAGACACCAAGAUUAAUGAAUAGAAAAUUCACAAAAGAAAAUAUGCUGGAAAUUAUACGAGAUGAAGCUAGAAAGAUUGUGUCAAAGGAACUUUUGGUGUUCUCGCAAGACAAAUUAAACUUACCCGACUUUGCAUUACACUCUGGGGGAGCAAAAGUCAUGAGCACACUCACAAGCAAAACAUACGAAGUGUGGCCGGACAUUUGGUAUAAAAAGGUAUUCGCGCGAGUAUCAGGUCAAGGAAUUCUACGUGGAAAACCACCGGUCACUGCUAUAUCACCCGAUACACAUGUUGGACAAUGUUGGCCAUUCCCAGGGCAAAGAGGACAAUUAGCAGUCUUGUUGAACAGACGCGUAUAUGUUAAUGCAGUCACAUAUGAUCAUGUUAGUAAGGAUGUUGCGGUCGAAGUGAUGAGCGCACCUAAAGACUUUGAGGUGUGGGGCAUCGUGGAUGAAGGUGCAAAUGGAAAGGGCAAACCAACGGCGAAUAAUGAAUUAGAGGAAGGCGACGACGGAUUAUUCUUGGAGUCAACCGAAGAGGAAUGCGGUGUACGCGAAGAUGGACAAUACGUAUCAGAUCGAGAAAACAAUGCACAUGGAUCACAAAAUGCAAAUUCCAAAGCUUUGAGCGACCUUGAUCCCUCUCUUGAAAACAUCACUUCCGGUGACGAACUUAAACUGGGGUCAUCGCCGCUACAUAUAUUCUUGGGAGCAUUCACAUAUGACAUCAACGGAGUACCGGUACAAACAUUUGAUGUGCCAUCAGAUAUUCUUAAGCAUAACAAACCAAUCAGAGCGAUCAUCAUGAAGGUGAAAAGUAAUUGGGGGGAACCAAGUUACACAUGUCUUUAUCGAUUCCGUGUACACGGAGAACCUGCAACAAAUAGAAUAAUCAAUGAUACUGAAAAAGAGCUGUGA